AAAUAUAUCUCACAAUAACUUGAAACUUCAUACACAAAUUUAGUAAGCACAUAUAAUAGGCUAUUUCACAACACUAAUAUCAUGAAGGCAGCACUGAAAUACUUGGCCGGAAUUGCUGGUCCUAGUGGUUAUGGCUCUAAUUCUACUGCUGAUCAAGUUACCGAACAUUGCUUUUGUCCACCUCAUCUUCUCACGGCUAUCAUCACCGGCGCGACGUCGGGUAUUGGGGCAGAAACAGCAAGAGUUCUAGCAAAGAAAGGAGUAAGGAUUGUAAUUGCAGCAAGAAAUUUGAGCAAAGGAGCUGAAGUUAAGGAGGCAAUCUUAAAAGAAGCACCUCACGCUCAAAUUAUAAUUUUGGAGAUUGAUCUUAGUUCCAUGGCUUCUGUUAGCAGAUUUUGUUCGGAAUUCUUGUCUCUUGAUUUACCUCUCAAUAUUCUUAUAAACAAUGCUGGAGUAUUUUCUCAAAAGCUGGAAUUUUCUGAAGACAAGAUUGAGCUUACAAUGGCAACAAAUUAUUUAGGGCAUUUUUUACUAACAGAAUUACUGUUAGAAAAGAUGGUGGAGACAGCAUCACAAUCAGGGAUUCCAGGAAGAAUAAUAAAUGUUUCCUCUUUAACUCACAGUUGGGUGAAGAAUGAUCACUUCUCUCUUUCUAAAAUGCUGAAUCCUAAGAAUUAUAAUGGUACACGUGCAUACGCGCAAUCAAAACUGGCUAACAUUAUGCAUGCCAGAGAAAUGGCAAGGCAAUUAAAGGAAAGAAAUACAAGAGUAACAAUCAACGCAGUACACCCAGGAAUAGUGAAGACAGGAAUUAUAAGGGCUCAUAAAGGCUUUAUUACAGAUUCUUUGUAUUUCCUAGCAGCCAAGUUGCUCAAGACCACGUCACAGGGUGCAGCAACAACAUGUUAUGUAGCACUAAGCCCAGAAACAGAAGGUGUAAGUGGAAAGUACUUUGCAGAUUGUAAUCAAACUUCUUGUUCAGCUUUAGCUGCUGAUCAUUCUCAAGCUUUGAGACUUUGGAAGCAUACACGUUCUCUCAUCUGCAGGAGAUUACAACAUCCUUCACUCUCUUAAUUACUAUUACUAUUUUUUUUAAUUACAUUAAUUAGCAGAAAAAUUAUAGAUGUAAAUCUUGUUUUGUUUUUUUUUUUUUCUUUGGUUUAUUGGUUUAUCUUAAAGUAAAAUCAUAAAAAAGAAUUAGUCUAUUAGUCUGUACACCGUACCACUAGUUGGUUCGUAGUUAGUUUGAAAAUAUUUCAUGUAUAUAUACAGAGUUCUAUAUUACGAUACCAAAUAGAUCAAUAAAAAUAUUAUUGAUACGAA